GGCGCCAGCUCGUAUUGGAAAAAUAUUACAAAGCCUGGAGUCGUUUUGUAGUUAAAAUUUAUUCAAGUCUAGAACUCGACUAAAUCUAGGAUUUUAGAUUUAGGUCAAGAUCAUUAUCAUUAUGACAUCACCAAGUAAGAAAGAAUGGAAAAAUCCAAACGACAUCAUGAAAAUUCAUCGCAUAAAAAGACAAAGUUCUGGUGGGAUAACACAGAAAUCAAAAAUCAACAUUUCCAGACGUAACUCAAUGUCUGCAUUCUCUGAUUCUGUCAAAACAAAUGGAAUAUUAGCCUCAAAAAGUGACUCCAGCAUUAGCUCCUCUCAAAAAAGGAAAAACCCUUUCAGCUGUGAUUCUCACUCUAGCAACAAGCGUAGGUUCAGCCUACAGGUCGGUACAACAGAAACAGUGACAGACAGUGAGAAGGUGAACACUUUAGUGGAGACAUCUGUAUGUGAGGAUGCAGAGCAUCCAGUGGGAAUUGAAACAGAAAAACAAGUUGAAUAUAAUCAUCAGCAUCAUGUUCGAAGUCUUUCUGAUCUAGAGGAAAAAGAUGAAAUCUCACCACCAAAGAAAUGUGAAAGUUUGAAGACUAAAGAGCUGAUGAGUGAUGAAAAUAUACAAAACAUGCAACAAGAUCAGCAUCCUUCUGAUUACCCCAGCUUGAUUACUUCUCCAAACCCUGAGGAGCACAGCAAGUUGCAUCCCAACCCUCCUUUGGACUGGAGCUUAAAAUCAAAGCUUCGUGUAAUUGUCCAUAGUCUAGAGUCAUCCUACAAGAAAAUUCCUGGUAUUGAUGCUAAGCAUGUGGACAGCUUUAUUCACCACAAUUUAGAUAAUGAUUCUAGUUGGAAUUCUCUGGAUGUAUACCAGAAGCUAAAGCGAUGUUGCUUGUACUACACUUACCCACACAUGCCUUGGAUUUCAACCUUUCCCAGGAUGAACACAGACUUUAAGUCACGGUCAGCUUCACUUGUUUCAACUAGUAAUGAAGUCCUUGAUGCUUUUCAGAAAGAUUGGGCAAACACAUUUACAUCUGUGUAUCAGCAGUUCCGCAGCGGUCUCUGUCCAUACUUUUACACAUGUACACAUCAGUUUACAGUGUUGUUCAGGUGUCAAAGGUCAACUAACAACACAUCUAUUUCUGCCAUCUUGUCACCAUCCACUCGAGGGCUGAGGGAGAUGUUGAACAGAGAAGGUAUAGGCUAUCGAAUGCCAAAUAUAAAAACACAAAAGCUGAAGAAAACAGACAAGAACAGCAGCAAAGAUGAUGAGAAUCUAUCUCAGAGGUGUCAACAGGUUGAUUCUAAAUCAGAUAAAGAAAAUGUUGAAGUGAAUCACACUGGCACUGAAAGUGACCAUAUCUCUGACCCUCCUGAAGCCAAAGCUACUGAUGAGCAGGAUGAUGACAGUGAUGAUGACUUUGAUAUAGCGGAUCAUGAUGGGGCCUCAAGAUGGCUGGAAGGAAUGGGAUUAAAUCACAAAGAUUUUCCUUCACUCAAGCCAUUUGAAGUCAAACUACAACGUGAAGGUUACCGUGAGAUAGACAACCGUCCCCAGUCUAUGCUGUAUGUGGAAGGUGUUGACGUCCACCCAUUCUUCAACUUCCUGCUCAACUACCCAGGUUGUAUAGCCAGCAGUGGGCCACAGCAUGGCAUCCCCCCAACCCUGCUGUCCCCUACUCCCUUUGUGGGAUCUCUGCUUGUACAAAACAAUGUGAAGCAUUCUGUCUUGAAAGAUAAGAAACCACUGGACUCCAAGCUUGGAACUACCCACGUGUUUGAAAUCAUGGGUCCUCUCCUGCCCCAUCACACGCUGAACGUGGCCUGUACUUUACACACCAGCCAGGAAGUGAUAUCAGCCAGCGUGUCACACAGCACCUACCUGCCCAGCGCAGCCCUUAACACCCUGGCUGUCAACACUGAGGAAAAAGACAAACUGGCUUCUGGCCUACAAAAGCUGUUUGUGGACAUUUCCUAUGCUUAUCCUGGUUUACUGGAGGGUGUGAAGGAUAGGAUGACAAGUCCACCGCAAGUAGAGAACGGCAUGUCUGUGAAGGAAGUUGCAGUUUCUAAAAGUGGCUUUACCUGGUCUUGUCUGUAAACAAAAUGUGUGUUGUAUAUGUUGAUGUUAUUUAUUUAUUUAAGAUUUAUAUUGAUGUUAUUUAUUUAUUUAAAUUUAAGAUUUUAUAAGAGCUGACAUAAGUGCUGCCAAGUAUAAAGUAUGUUGCUGAAAUAUUUUCAGUGUAAUGGAAAUGCAAAUAAUAAAUGCAGAGCAUACACUGUGUUGAGCUAAUAUAAAAUGCUGUGACUGAAGAGAUAAAGAUUUGCGUUUGUGUAAGAAAUUGUGUUUUCAUUUGUUAGUAUACACAUUUGUAUAUAUAUAAUUUCAAUUUGUUGUUUUUUAAAUUAUGGCUGUAACUUAUCUCUAUACUGGACUCUCCAGUACUGGUCAAACAAGAUUUCCUGUUACGUAUAUCAUCACUGUUAUCACAAUGUGCUAUGGAGAGUUUUCAUGUUGAAAGUAAAUCAGCAAAAAGUGAAUAAUUAUGCUUUGAGUUUGAGCCAUAAUUGGUGAAUGCAUAAACUAAAUCUAAAAAAAAAAUAUGUCUGAGAUGGUUAUGGAAUGAUGGUGUUGCCCUAGGUAGUCUUUGUGACUCAAGGAUAUCUGUAGAAUGAUACAACUCAUGAACUUUGAUUCACACUGGCCAGUUGUAUGGACAUGUAACAAUAUAAACCAGUUUAUUUUUAGAUUUGUUUGGCAGUGUUUGAACUUUUAAUUGUAAAUAUCUAGUUAUUUACAAGCCGGUACUUUUUUUUUAUAAAAAUGAAAACCAUGAAUGUAUUUUUUUAAACAAACAGUACAACAAAUGUUAUGACAUAAGUUUUUGGUAAAAAAAAAUAAGGUUAAAACAUUACCUUUCACAAGGAUUAUUUUAAUAGUAGGGAGAUUUCUCAAAUUCUAAUUUUCUAAUAAUUUUUACUUAGACUGUGAGCAUAUUUUAAUAUUUUAUGGGGGUUUUUACAAAUUGUGUGUAGAUUACAUUUAUGUGAACAUUCUGACAUUGAAUGGAUUUUUGUGUUUACAUAGUGACAUUGCUGGUAUUAUUCAACAUGAAUAUUAAUUUAUAGUAAAUAAUAGAAAUACUUGGUUUGUAAAUUAAAAGUGAAUGAAAUACCGUCUAUGACUAGUACUUUUAUGUAGUGCUAAUGUUUUUAU